AUGAAUCCAGAGUCAACAACAUUACAUCAAUCAACGUCAUCGAUGACCGAGAUCAAACUGGAAAAGAAUGAUAUGAUCAAUGGUUAUACAAAUGGAAAUGGUCAUAUCCAUAUAAAUGGAAAUGGUAGCAGUAAUAAUAAUAAUAACAAUAACAUUAAUAAUAGUAAUAGUAAUAAUGGCAGUGGGAUCGAUCUCGUGCCAAGUCCAUUCGACACUUCAGCCCUGACCCGAGGAGGUCCGCUCUUUAGCGAUAUUCUUUAUACAUCAGCAUCAACAUCAUCAUCAAUCAACACACAUCAAAUGCCUUUUCUGCAUCCACAUAUCGUACCAUCAUCUCAAAUGCCAUCAUCACUGCCGGCACUUAAUGCUGACAGUCAAUCAACAUCGACAACAACAACAAAUAAUAAUAAUAAUAGUUCGACAUUGAAGUUAUCAACAAAUAACAAUAACAAUGGUACACUUAAUAAUAGCAAGCAGGGUCAGAAGACUGGACGCGAAGAUACUCUGACCUUCCCACACAAGAAGACUCGCGUCUACCUCUUGGAGAGCAGCCAUCGCUUCAACUGGAUACCAUACUGUUCCAGCUACUGGCACAAGAUCAACAACACAGACAGUCAACAAUUACUCGACCCUCCAUCACUUCGAGUCAACGCAGAGAAGGGAUUCCAGUUCUCAUCGGUGGACAAUGCCUGGGUGUACUAUCGCAGGAAUCACUUCCAGUUGAGCGUGACGGUGCAGCACUCGUUCAAGUUUGAAGAGGCCAAGCCGACGUUGGAGAUUGGCGGCAGCAGCUGCCCGGUCGAGGGCCUGUACAUUAGCAUUCGCGGCAUCAAGCACAACAACACUCUGGCGCCGACGGACGAGGUCGAGGUCGGCCUCUACCAGACAAACUCAAAGCGCGAGAAGUCCGAGGAGAAGGCGCCGCCCGUCAUUGCCAUGACGUCCACCGAGCACGUGACGUUCACACGUCUGCACUUCCGCAAGGCCACCAACAACAACGCACGCAAGCACAAGCAGCCCAACCCUCAGCAGGAGUACUUCCGUCUGGUGAUGACUGUGUCGGGCCGCUUCCAGGGCCGCGACUACUGCAUCUGCUCCUACAUCUCGGACCCGCUGAUUGUGCGUACCGGCCAUCCAAGUGACUCACAGGCGUCCGCCAGCGCCGAGCCACUCACGCCCUCAUCCUUCAACGAGCCCGACUCGCCCAUGUUUUCAUUUUCCGCUACGCCUGCACUGGCUUCGUCGCCGCGCACGCAACACAUUCUUCGCCACAGCAGUGGCGCAUCGCCACUCAACCACCACAUGUCCAUCGAUCUGGCCUCUUCCUCAUCACCGGCACAACCCAUCGUACCUGCCAGCAAUGACUCUUUAUCAUCCAAUAUGCUCAUUAACAAUCAACAACAACUUCAACAACAACAGCAACAGCAGCAACAACAGCACGGCAUGCACCCACUGGGCAUUCCUUCGUCAGUUGUUGUUGUUGGACCAAACAAACAAUCAUUGCAACAGCAGAUGCAGAUGCAACAACAUGUGGUUGCGCAACAGCAACAACAGCAAAUGCAACAGCAACAGCAGCAACAACAGCAACAACACUUCUUGCAACAACAGCAACAAUCAAUUUUGAACCAGCUGCACCAGCAGCAUCCUUCCUUACUCUACUCUAUACAUCAGGACGACAUCACCGGCGCACGUCCUCUCAAACUCCCCACCCACCCACUCCAACAACAAAGCAGCAGCAACGGCGGCAACACCCCCUUUGGCAUCCCCUCGCACCCUCAGAUGGUCGUCACUGCCGCCCCGCCACAACAACAAAUGCAACACAUUCCACAACAAGCACUCAAUUGCUUGACUUCAACUUUAGAUCUACCUCAACAACAACACAUCUUCCAACAAUCACCCAACCCAUCACCCUUGUCUACGAAUGGCGCGACACCUACGUACCAGGACAUGACGCCGCCACCAUCGUCCGUGUCGGGAAUGGACGAGUCGGCGAGUCUGUGGAACCAGAACGAAAUGGGCGGCCUGUACCAUUACGGCAACGUGGGCGUCAACAAUCCGAACCCAGCCGAGUCGCUGUCGGUCAACGGCAAUGUGUCGAUCACGGGCAUUAUGUUCACGCCGUCGGACGUGCGUGUCAAGACCGAGAUCCGCCCAGUCGACACGUCCGAGCAGCUGGACAACAUCAAGCGUUUGAAGCUGUACGACUACCGCCUGAUCAAGCCGUGGACCGACACGACCGGCGUCACCGAGCCGAACGACCGCGGUGUCAUUGCCCAGGAACUCCAGACCGUGAUCCCGGCCGCCGUCAAGCAGACGGGCGAUCGCUCGCUCAACGACGGCACUGUCAUCAAGGACUUCCUCAUGGUCAACAAGGAUGCCAUCUUCAUGGAGAACAUUGGCGCCACUCAAGAGCUGUCCAAGAAGGUCGACAACGUCGUCAUUGAGCUCGACAUCCUCGACAAGAACAAAGAGCAAGUCAUGAGCAAGGUUGAUGAGCUUGAGCGCGAGAUUGAGAAGCACAAGAGGAGAAAGAAAUACUUUAUCAUCGCAGCGAUCGUUGUGGUAGUGAUCGUGCUGUUGCUGAUUGGUACCUCGUUGUUCUUUGGAAUUUAUAAGCCCAAGUUUAGUAAUCCAUUGUCGGACCCUUCGUCGCCAGACUAUUUGGCCACGAGUGGUUCUUGCGAUGGCUCUAUGGCCACGGCCAACUGUACGGAGAAUGCCACGACGACGCCAUCAACGACGGGUCAAGUCACACUGCCUCCAACAACAUCCACCACCUCCAUCUCCACCACCUCCACCACCACAACUACAUCCUCUCCCACCACAUCAAAGUCAGUACUUCUCGAAUCAAUGGGAGAAGGAUCAUAA